ACACCAUUGCGAAUCAGACACACACACGCACAGCCACAGAGUUGUUGGGUGGAUAAACCACUUCGAUUAUUAUUGAUGCGCUGAGAAAUUUCUCGGGUUGGGCUCCCAACAUAUUUAGAACACAACACACCAUGCUGCCUCUAAAGAUUGCAUGCUUUGUAGUCUGUGUUUCUGUGGUAUUUGUUUAUUUUUAUACUCCUGUUCCGGAUGGGAUGAAUGAGGAUGACCGGUGGAUUUUGCGCAAGAUUUUUGCUUUAAGUCAAGCCGGAAAAGUUGUGGCACGUUUGGGAGCCCUAGUUGGCUAUGAUUCAGCUAUAAACAUCACACGUUCCUUCAGGAAUUCCCGAUUCGCCUUCGUACAUCCGGACAACUAUGCAUUAGACUCGACAAAUUAUGAUUUUGAGGGCGUUAACGUCACCGUACACCGAAGACCGCGAGCUAAAGAUGCCAAAGAACUGGAUGCCGCUUUUGUGUAUAUCCAUGGAGGCGGAUGGGCGUAUGAAUAUCGAGAGAUAUACGCGAUAUUGGAGCGGUACAUUGCUCAGCAUGCGGAUGUGGCGGUGGUAGCCAUCCAGUAUCCGUUAGCACCGGAGAAUCCCUAUCCUAAACCCAUGCUAGCCUGCUACAACUCCGUAUUGUAUCUGCACCAGCACGCCCAACGCCUGGGCAUCGAUCCGCAGCGAAUUAGCAUCGGUGGCGAUAGUGCCGGCGGUAAUCUGGCCGCCAGUGUUACACUGAAGCUGCGCGACACCGGCCAUACAUUCCUCCAGCGCCAGAUCCUCCUGUCGCCGGCCCUACAGUUUGCCACCUUCCGUCUGGAUUCCUACGAGCAAAAUGAUCGAUACGGUAUACUACCGCGCCGCGAUAUGAUCCUCUUCUGGCUGCAUUACAUGCACGAAGGCAUACAAUUUAUUAACGAACUAACAUUCAAUGAGCACUUAUCACCGCGGAUAACGCAGGGAAAAAUUUGGCCGGUUUUGCAGAAGUACCAGCAGUUUCCGCAGAGUCAUGUCAAAAUUGAUGAAAAGGUCGUGAAGAACUGGGAGAAAAAACUCCUUGAUCCAUAUUUGUGUCCGAUGUUUGCGGAUACAUUGAAAGGACUGCCGCCCACGGUGAUAUUAAUUUCGGAGUUCGAUAUUUUACGGGACGAAGCGCUGGCUUAUGCGGACCGGCUGAAAGCCGACGGUGUGGAGACAAAGGUUGUUAGAACGCCGGGAUUCCAUGGCCUUUAUUGCUUUAGCAGGGAUAGCAAGGUGGGCGCGCAGAUGGCGGAUGCAGUUGUUAGUUUUCUGAAAACUCCGGUGCCCGCCCAGCAAAAUCACGCUGAGUCGAGUCGUUAAUGCUCAACCGUAUCCGAAGAGAGAAAACAUUGUCUUUUGUUUUUUAUGUUCUUAAGUCCUUUGGUUAUUCUCAUGUCGAAACGUUUGAAAAACUUUGGUAUUUUUAUAUGGAUUUUUAUUUAAAUUAUAUAUAUUGGUUAUAGUUUAGAUACGAUAUCGACAGGGGUGAUUUUAGAUUGGUUGUGAAAUGAGAAGAUGGCAAAGUAAG